UAUGGUUUUUUUACAAAAUGGGUUUUUUGGUUAAUAGUUUAUAAUUUUAUUUAGUAUCAAUAAAUAUUAACAAUAUUAAGUGUUAACGUAUUACAAAUUCUAUAAAAGUUAAGUUAUUAGUGAGGUUCUCGAAAUUGUGUAUUUACAGUUAGACGUGUAACACGUAUUUUGUGCAUCGAGUUCAGCAUUGAAUUAGGCCACAUAGCGAUCUCUCCCUAAAAUACCGCUGUUCGGGUUGUCGACGUAUCAACCUAGUUUUCGGGAGGCGGGAGAGUGAUGUUGAGACGGAUAGCGAGCUGGUAAUGUGAUGUCAUCAAAAGGGGAAACAGAGGCCGAUUCUGGCACCGUGUCGCCAAAUUUACCUACAAUCAAAAAUGAACCGGUAGCUACAGCUAGCAGCAAGGAAACUCCGAAAAGAGGUGGUACUUUAUUAAAAUGUACCACAUGCAACAGUUUUAGUACAUUAAGUAGUCGGGCUUUAACAACACACAUGGCGCAGUGUUCGCCAGACAAUAACAAUGUGGCGGCAGCACAAAACGCGGACGCCCGUCCGCACAGAAAACUAUUUGAAUGUGAUGUGUGUAAUAUGAAAUUUUCAAAUGGCGCUAACAUGCGUCGACAUAAAAUGCGGCAUACAGGUGUCAAACCUUAUGAAUGCCGAGUAUGUCAAAAAAGAUUCUUCAGAAAGGACCAUCUUGCUGAGCAUUUCACAACACACACAAAGAGCUUGCCGUACCACUGUCCUAUAUGUAAUCGAGGGUUCCAGCGCCAAAUUGCCAUGCGAGCGCACUUUCAGAAUGAACAUGUUGGACAGCAUGACCUCGUCAAAACUUGCCCCCUGUGUAGCUAUCGUGCGCCUACUAUGAAAAGUCUCAGAGUUCAUUUCUUUAACAGGCAUGGCAUCGACUUAGAUAAUCCUGGCCCUGGCAACAAUGUUUCUUUCCUUGCUGCUGGAAUAGCGAAUGCAGCCUAUGCUGACGGUACAAUGGACCCUGUUGCUAUGAAUGCGUUAGGCGCUUUAGGCACUGGUCUCUCGGUAUCUGUUGCCCCUGCAUAUUCGGAUAGUGGCGAGAGCAAUGGAGCUCGCUCGGUUGAUAACGCCACUCCCCCCAUGCAUUAUCUGACUCCACAUGUGGAAAUAUCUAUGGCUGAUAACAACGAAACAUUUUCUCCUGGACAAUCUAAUCACUUGGGGAACUCAGAUGAGACAGAUGCGCGCAUGAAUGGUGAGGGUCCCAGCUCUCCUCAAUCUGGGGACAGUGCCGUAGCAAGCAGUUCGCUGUCUGCAGGUCUACCUACCAACAUCACUCCGUCAAUUACAUUGAUACCUAUUAAACAGGAACCUAACACUCAAGACGAAUCAGGUUCAGGUGAAGUAAAGGAAGGCGAAGCUAACGGUGGAGAUAAGCGCGGGGUUUCCUCGAGUUUAUCUUCGUUGAUAAAGGUGUCUCCGCUAAAGAGCCUUCUAAGAGAAGAUUUACGUAGGCGUAUAUCGGCUCGCGGACGCGCUAGAAAUUCAAAUGCCUCCCGGGCGUCUCCUUCGGAAGGCGGCGUGAUCACCUCCACCCAUGGCGAGGCCGCCAUGUUGCCGGCCUCACUCGUAUGUACAUUUUGCGCUAUAACAUUCCCGGACUCUACACUAUACUUUCUACACAAAGGUUGUCAUUGCGACUCCAAUCCGUGGAAAUGUAAUAUCUGCGGCGAACAAUGCUGCAACGUGUACGAGUUCAACUCCCACCUGCUUAGCAAGAGCCAUCAAUGACUGUUUGCAGGGGGGCCGUUCGACAAUCACUGACUUCGUGUUUGAUGAUGCACUUUUCGUAAAAUAUUGUGUGCAUAGUCCGUAAGCACUUCAAAUAUAUUUCACUUUUCUAUUUCUAAUCUAAUCAUAUAUACAUAUCAUACUUUUCGAAGUUGUAAUGUCUUUAUUAACUAUUUUUCUCUGUUUUUUGUUGACUCAAUCACUUCAGGCACUGUUGGGUUGAAGUGCUUCGAAUAUGCUAUACGCUGAACGUCCCCCCGAAGCUGUUUUUGUUUUAAAAGUGCAAAUUACGUCAAGGUAUAUUUAGUGGUUAUAAUUAUAGAUAAAUGAGCGAAGAUAUUUAUAUGGAUAUUUUAGUACUUAAUUGAAAAAUGGGUAUAUUGAGAUGGUAAAUGAGAAAUUACGAUAUAAAAUUAGGAAGUGCUCCUUAUGGAUUAUUGAUAAAAUUAUGAAUUUGUUAUCAUGAGUGUGCCAGGGCAUCACCUCCGGCCGGGUCCGGCUGAGCCGGGCAACUCCUGUUUGUGAUCAACAUCUGAAAAUUCGAUAACAUUCCAAAUUAUGACGUAUGCAUUCCAUAAUAUGUGAGAUUAGAGUCUUUGGUGGGGGCAAUGUACUUGUUGUUUACCCUAUACUAGAUUGUGUUUUAUUUCGAUUUACGGUACUUAACUGUAUAUUACCAUCAUUAAUAAUAACAAAAUUUUAGAGUAUUUUUGGUGCGAUAGUGAAUUUUACAAAUGUUUAGAUUGUACAAAUUAAUAUAUUUUUACAUUUCACUGUUGACAAGAUGUUAUAGAAAGGCAUAGCCUGUAUUUCCGUGAUUGUUUAUUAUUGUGAUUGUGUACAGACAUGAAUUUUAAAUUCUACAUUCCGUUUAUUAUUUAUAUUUUCUUAUUGAAGUGCAUGUAAUGCAAGUCCACGACUAAUACUUAAUGUACAAUUUUAAAAUAUUUUGUUGUUGUUAUUUAUAUUUCUAAAAUAUUAUAUUAUUUAAACCCAAAAUGUACUUAAAAUUUUUAUCUAUUCUAUUUACGAUUUGAUCUUUUGAUGUAGGCGCUUUCUGUGCGGAGUUGAUAGGUUCUAUGUGAUGUGUAUUUACUUGAAAAAAUUACACUUGCUCAAUAUAGCUCAACUACGGAGCAUGUAAGUUUUUCUGCUCCCACAAAAGCAUAAUAAUAGUAUUGCUUCCUAUUAAUUGAAGUUAUUAAAUUAAAACAGAAAGUUUAUCGUGCUUAUAUUGGUGCCUUUAGUAAUUUAUUACGUUUUAUUUUAUUUUGCAUAAUUUAUGAAUAGCGACUAAGUUGGCUGGUAGUAAUUGAAUAUACAGAAUUAUCAAGGACCAAAACUUGGAUUUUUGAGAUCUCUCUACAAUACGGAACAUUAAUUAGUUUUUUAUGGUUUACUUUCUUUUUACUAAAGAGAAAGGAGUGCUCAACCUUAUGGUGAACGAUUGUUAAAUUUAUAUUGAUGUACAAAAAUCAUGUAUUGUUACAUUUUAUGAAUAAAUUGUAAUAAUAUCAUGUUAUGCAUAUAUUAUGUUGCAAUCAAAUUCCUAGCAUGAUCGGAGAAAGUCUACUGACGCGACCUCAUAUUAGUUGUAGACUUGUUGUAAUUUAAAUAUUAUAGUCAUGAACUUUAAUAUAUUUCCCUGAACCUACUAGAUUGGUUGUCCUUUAGCAUUUUUGUUUUAAAAGUAGGUAACCUGAGAUUUACAUUCCUGUAGUAGAUAGUAAGUACUUAAUAUCGGUUGUGGUCUUGCCUGUUAAGUUUACGAAUUGACUUAGAUGGAACUGAAAUUGUUUACCAACGAAGUUAUGUAUUUUGUUUUGUUUUACGACAAUGGUAUUAGGUUAGAAGCCGGCGCACGCGGUAGACAUCCGUGACCACGGAUCAAGUGAGUUACCUGAAACGAGCAACACAUUUAUUUAUAGAGAUUCUUUAUUAUGCUGUUUCAUUGUUGGUUAUAUAUAACGAGAAUAUUUUACUUCUAAAUAAAUUCUGCCGCAACCGCCGCAAUGUAAUUCUAAGUGUAGGUUAUUAUAAGAGCUAUUAAUAUAAAUUAACGGUAACCCCACUGGGCGCCUUUACUUAAUCCGUCCAUAUCUAAUGAUAAAUAUUGCCUUUAAUAUUUAAUAGAGUAAUAUAUUUUAUAGAUUUUAGUUGUAAUUAAGAACAGAUCUAAGUAUAAAGUGUUUACAGAAUGCAGAGGUUUAAAGAUAUAUAGUUAUAUUUAUUUAUCAUAUAUUAAAUUGUAGCCUGUUUUGCUAAGAAAUCAAGCGUAUCAUGUUAUUUAGCCAAACAUGCAAUAUGUUAUAGAUUAAUAAGAUCCAGGCGCUUGAUUUGUUUGUGAUGCAGCGAAACAUUGUUGAAUUGUUCCAGUUUAAAAUAAAUAUUUUGUGUGGUAAUAUUUUAAACUAUAUAGGUACUUGAAAGUAUUUUAAUAUUGACCAGAUAAUAAAAUGUAAAAUUACAUUUUGAAUAAUGUAGAUAUGUUUCAGUAUUUUAAAUUCACCUUUGUCAAUUUAUUUAUAAUAAAAUUUCAACUAUUCCAUCAAGUACUACUUAAUGACAUUGUUGAUGUUAUUAAAAUUUUAUUAUUAUAUUCAUACUGUAGAUAAUUAUAAUUGAAUUCAUAACAUGUCACUUGAAAUACUACUAUCAAGGGAAAUUUCUUAGUAUAGUGAUCCUCACCUUAAUACCAAAUCACAGCUUACCAACAUUAUAAUUUGUUUUAAGUUGUUGUGUAUUUAAUAUAUAAGGUAGAUAAAUUAACAAGGUUGGAAGCAAUUAAUUCUAUCUUUAGACAGUAUAAUUUCUCUGUUACAAUUUUUAUGUUAUAUUUACUAGAGGUGAAUAAUAAUAUUUUACUAAUGACUAGAAUGGAUACUAUUUUUCAGUGAACUUGUUUAAAUUAUGAGUGAUGUGAAUUACUAUAUCAAAUCAUUGAUUGUGCCUUAGAUUAAUAUCAGUGUUGAAGUGGUUUUUGGAAUUUGUGAAAUAAAAUAUCUGAUAUUUAGAUACUGUUGACUUUAAUACUGUUUAAAAGAAUGUGGCAUUAAAACAAAUUUGUUUUACACAGAAUCUAUUAUAUAAAAUCCAUAGAAAAAAGUAUUUUACAAUAUGGCUGUUUUGCUUGUUUUUAUGAUAAAGUUUAUUUACAGUUGAUAUACAUUGUUCUUAUCGUUUGAUCAUGAUGAUCUAGAGUAUCAAGAAAUGGUAUAUAUUACCGAGUGUAGUUCUAUUUAUUUACUUUAUAAUAAUUUGGUAAAGGGUCUAAUAAAAUAUUAAUAAAGUA